CUGGAUCAGGAGGUCUGGGUUAUCGCUUAUCGUCUUAUCGGAGAUUAUCUCGGUGUUGGAGGUGGGGAACUGAGCCGGCGCAGUAAGCUACCUCCUGCCUGCUGAAUGAGAGUCACCUCCAUAAUCUGUCGAACGAGUAAACUUCAUGCAGAAGAACAGUAAGAAUACUAACGAGGGAUCUUGCAGCUCACACUCCUUACCUUCUGGCUGGAGGACAUCCGACGAGAAGGUAUAUUCAAAGAGAAGCCGUUCUUCCCCCGAAUCUCUAGUCUCUCAUCCCAAUAAAAAGUCGAAUCUAGCUAACAACUGGGGUAACAUGAGCAACAUAAAUACUGAAGAAUUAUUGAAAGCGUUUGAGAGGAUAAUUGACAGUAAAAUCCAAACACUUCCAACAAAAGACGAUUUCAAUACAUUUAAAGAAGAUAUUAAAAGCUUGAAAACUCAAAACGAAUCGUUGAAAUUGGAAGUAAAAUCUCUAAGAGAAAAUCAGUUGAUACUACAGAGGCGUCUAGAUGCAAUAGAGAAUAAAUCCCGCAGGAACAAUCUAAUUAUAAAAGGACUCCACUUCAAGGCUCAAGAUGAUCUCUCUGAGAUAGUGGGCCAGUUCAUGUCAAAUGUACUGCAAAUUAAGGACUCGGUGGAAAUAGUUGAUGUACGCCCCCUUGGGAGUAAAGCAAUGAAGGGAAGGCACCUUCUAGUCUCAUUCUCGCGUAAUACCGAGAAAUGGGCCGUUUUGAAACAAUCAUCUCGGUUGAAAGGAACUGGCUGGAAGAUUGAUCAGGAUUAUCCACCUAACACACGCAGGUGUAGGCGUAGCCUAUUUCAACUUCGCUGGGAGAUUCGUCGAUUGAACACCAACAUUAAAUCUAUAGUCAGGUCAGAUAAAUUAAUCAUCAAUGAUGUUCAAUUUUCCUGGGAUGAUUCAGUUGGUCUAGUCUACAACCAGGACUUGGGAUCAGUAAAGCUGAAAGAAAUGGUUGGUCACGAUCUUUCUGGCUUCAUUAACGGUCUUCUCACUAAGACUGCACCUCUGAACAACAUCAGGACUUCCGCCUCACCACCAUCAUCUGCUCACCAACAAGUGUCAACGCCNACGUUUAUUUUACAGGAUUAG